AUGUCGCGGCCUAAUGCACAACAUGACCAGCCCCCUCCAGUCGCUCCUAAAACUCGAAAGGAGUCCAAACAUUGGAGCCAGCGGAUACAAGAAACGGUGGUAUCCGCUGUGCCAGAGGAGGGACUGGGGGUAACUAUCACGGGCGGGGCGGAUAACGGGCAGUUCUGCUGCAUAAGUGACAUUUCACACGAACAGUUGACGUAUCAUAGUGGUAGGUUACAUGUUGACGAGAUUUUGUUGGAAAUUCAAGGACAGAAAAUAGCAGGAUACACUUUGAGAGAUGCAACCAUCUGGCUCAAGCAAGUUAGCCAAAAUGGGGCACCUGUUAUGAUUAAAACUGUCAAGAUUGGUAUGUUACCAAGAGACCUGCGACAAUUUUUGACAACAAGGUUUCAGAAAGGCUCCGUCGAUCACGACCUCCAACAAACUAUCAGAGACAACUUGUAUCUACGUACCGUCCCUUGUACUACACGUCCUCCUAAACCAGGGGAGGUCAACGGAGUAGACUAUACCUUCCUCUCAUUAGAAGAGUUCCAGGAACUAGAGCGCAAUGGUAGUCUCUUAGAAAGUGGUAAUUAUUAUGGUAAUAACUAUGGUACACCCAAACCUCCCAAAGAUCCCACAGGACCUAUUCGGAGAUCUGGUUCCAUAGGAAAUACUGGUCCAGGACAGCUCCCUUAUUCUGAUGGCAAACGGAAGCGCAAUCGAAGCAACACAGACAAUGGAUCAUCAAAGUCAUCUCCAGUUCCCUUUAACGAAGAAACUCCAGGACCGACCCAUCGGAAAAAGUCAUUGGAAAAGGCCCAUAGUUCUGGUGACCUUGGACCGCUACCUCCUAACUGGGAAAUGGCUUAUACAGAGGAAGGACAUCCUUAUUUUAUAGACCAUGAGACAGAGAACACACACUGGUUAGACCCCAGGUUAGCCCAUCUACAGAAACAGUCUGCGAAGGAAUGCUCAGACAAUGGUAAGCAAGCUGAAAUGAAACAGAAACUAAAAGAAUUGCCAUUUGGAUGGGAGAAAGUUGAGGAUCCACAUUUUGGAACAUAUUUUAUUGACCAUGUCAACAGACGUACACAGUAUGAAAACCCAGUGGCUGCAGCUAAGAAACAGCAACAAGGAAAUGAUUUAAACAGCACACUACCUCGCACAAAGAAAAGUCAGGAUCAGUCUGUCAAUAUUAUGUCAGGGAUUGUAGCAGGGGAGAUAAAACGGAGGUUCACAAAGAUUCCAGCGGAACUGAAGGGUGAAAUGAAGAAGACCACUUUAGUGAAAAGUAUACGUGGGUUAGGCUUUACAAUUAUAGGAGGAGACCGUGCCGAUGAAGAGUUUCUACAGAUAAAGAAAGUGGUAGAGAAUGGUCCCGCCCAUCAAGAUGGUGUGCUCAAAACAGGGGACGUUCUAGUUUAUGUUGAUGGCAACAAUGUUUUGGGAUACACUCAUCAAGACAUAGUAAAUCAGUUCCAAACCAUUCCUCCACACCAGAAAGUGGAUUUAGAAAUCUGCCGAGGGUACUCUCUACCAUUUGAUCCAGAAGAUCCUAAUACAGAGAUCAUUGUGACUGUUGCUGUGACAUUACCUCAAGGCGACACGCCCACGAGCAGUGCUCCGCCCUCGUAUUCCUCAGCUAAUGAUUUUGAUUAUUUAAAUACCUCAGCCAAAAGUUUAAAAUCGCUGCCUGACCUUACACGGUCUACAAAUAAUAAUUCAUCAGAUGCUCUCACACACAGUAACAGUGGUAAUCUUAACAGUGAUAUUACGCCAGAUGUGCUGACUUCAUUUAAUUCUCGACCAGUAAUAUUAUCAAUGAAUAUUGUGCGGGGGGAAAUGGGUUUUGGUUUUACGAUUGCUGAUAGUCAUUUUGGACAAAAAGUGAAACAAAUUUUGGACAAACCUCGAUGUAAGACGUUACAGGAAGGUGAUAUUCUACAGGAAAUUAAUGGUGUUAAUGUGAAGGACAUGUCACACAGUGAAAUUGUAGGUGUUCUCAAGGAAUGUCCACAAGGACAGGAAACAAAAAUCAUUGUGCAAAGGGGAGGAUUACCUAUGAAAAGUAAAAAACCUAUGAAACCUACCCGAUCACCAGACGAUGGUUCCAGUCUCCCAAAUUCUCAACCAGGAGCCUACUUCUUUGGCAAUGGAGGGGACCCUAGCAAUAUGUCAGGUAAAAAUAACAGAAAUAUGAUUGGUGGAGAUGAAAACCAUUCAGAGAAAGAAAACAGAGAUGAUGUGGAUUCCUCAACACGUCCUAAAACACCAACUCAUUAUGAUGGGCGACCAAAGACUCCGUCAAUGAAUGAGAAUCGGCCUAAAACGCCCACAAGGACUAUGGGACCUAAUAUUGAUAAUCGAAAUAAAUCGAAUGUUGAUAGUCGCCAUCCAUUAUCAGAAAUGCAAAAUCGUGUUCAAUCAAAUGAUGAUGGUUCUCGAGACUUUGGUUCUCAGGGUGUGGAACUAAAUCAAUCUCGAUCCUCCUCUGAGUUUUAUAGUAAUUCUGGGAGCUAUGAUUUUAACUCCAGGCCUCCACCUGGACCAAGAUAUGAUCAGAUGAGAAACGACCAUCAACGACCACACAGUCGUCAAGACGGUUCAAGACAAAAUCACACUAUGCACAAUAAUAACUAUAGUCAUCAAGAAAGGGACCGUGGAGAUAGCCGGUUUGAUCGCGGGGAUCAGAUAAAGCCGGGUAUGCUACGUAGUCGGACACCUGGCCCUGAAAUGUUCAAUAGUAGACAGGGAUCAGACUACAGAAGUGAUACAAAUAGACCUAAGACUCCUACUGCUCAGGAUAUGAGGAGUAAAACCCCACUUCCAGGCAUGACCUAUGGGGGUAACCUUGACUUCUUAAUGCAUGGUUCAAGAAAUCACAAUUCAAUGGGGAUAAAUGGGACAUCUAGACAGGGUGGUUACUCUGGUUACCAGAGGCCACAGUGGGGCCAUCACAGUUCUGUGGAUUAUCCAGGUUCUCCACCAGUGCAACGAAGAGGUGAUGGAUUACAUGACACAUUUGACAAUCGACCAUUUGGAAAUGGCAUGAACAAUUUCUCUUCUGGAAUGGGUGCAGGACGCCCACCACGGCAGAGUACCUCUUUUGAGGAGGUUGAGCCAUCUCCUAGUAAUCUAAUGAGAGUACCAAGGAAAUUUCUGCAGUCUAGUUCCUCAUUCAACAGUCAAGCAUCUCUCAAUCAAUCACCACGAAUACCGCCGCGGUUUCCUAAUGAUGAUAGUGGCUACAUGGUUUCCACUGUAACACUGCAGCGCCAGGAAACUGGAUUUGGGUUCAGAAUUAUCGGUGGAACAGAGGAAGGGUCUCAGGUGUCAGUUGGACACAUUGUGCCAGGUGGGUCGGCUGAUGUGGACGGGAGAUUACGCACUGGUGACGAAAUUACUCAUGUGGAUAAUUUCUGUGUGGUGAACUGUUCUCACCACCAGGUAGUACAACUGAUGAGUCGAGCUGGGAUUGGCGGGCGUGUUUCUUUGAGUAUACGGAGACAAAUGGCCCCCCACGGUGGAGAUCACCAUGGCAAUGUGGCUGACAGCUAUCCAUAUGAGGUGACAGUUACUCGACGACCAACAGAAGGGUUUGGUUUUGUAAUAAUUUCGUCUGUAACCAAAUCGGGGUCCACCAUAGGUGAGUUCAUCGACACAGGGGUAGUUAAGGACUGGUUAGAUAGAAAAAAUCAAUACCCAUGGAUUGGUCGUAUAUUAGAAAACAGUCCUGCAGAGAGGUGUGGUCAGCUACAUGUUGGAGAUCGUAUCCUGGCUGUCAACAACGUAGAUAUCUCACACAUGCACCACGAGGACAUUGUCAAUAUUAUAAAGGAAGCUGGUCUAAAGGUCACUCUCACUGUGGGGUCACCACAAGAUGAUACCUCCAGCACAGCAUCAACAUCACAGAGAAGUUCACAGGGUUCAAUGGUAAAUGCGAUGGCCUUUCCUGCUGUUGGUGAAAAUGAAUUACGAAGAAACCCUCCCCCAGCUGAGAGGUUGAAAGAACUUGCAAGACAACGAAGCUUCCCUAAUCAACAUAGUCCUGAUGAUGAGGAACUCUACACAGUGGAACUCCCACGGGGGUCACGUGGAUUUGGGUUUUCAAUCCGAGGUGGACGGGAGUUUAACAGUAUGCCAUUGUUUGUAUUGAGGAUAGCAGAAGGAGGUUCCGCAGAUGUAGACGGAAGAUUAAGGGUUGGCGAUCAAAUAUUGGAGAUUAAUAACUGUAGAACAGAGAGUAUGACCCAUUCUGAAGCCAUUGAUAUCAUCCAAAAUGGCGGACCUGUAGUCCGUUUAUUUGUGAAGAGGACGGGCAAGCUCCCUCCUAGUUUUGAUCCCAGUAAUCCAAUGGGCGGUAGGUACACAAGCCAAGGGGUUCCUAUGGCCAAUGGUCCAAUAGGUCAGAGUUCACCAUACCUAGGUAGGAGAAACUUGGAUCUACGGGACGAGCAGAUGUUCUACAAUAACUAUCAAGGAGGAAAGCAGUAUCAAAAUUACUGAGGGGCUACACAGAGAAUCUGGGCACUGUCAAAGCCUUCACCAUCUUAUGAGAGUCCUACUAGCUGGCUCUCACACAAAAGCCCUCAAGGAAAACUCCAUUGCAUACUCAAUAAUGAGUAACUGGAUAGGUUUUUGAUUUGCAGCAAAGGAAACUUGGCUUCCUACAUUGAAUGAUGUCUCAGCUAUCUGCAGUGAAGGAUGGCUCGGCUUUCUGCAGUGAACAAUGCCUCAGCUAUCUGCAGUGAAGGAUGACUCGGCUUUCUGCAGUGAACAACGCCUCAGUUGUCUGCAGUGAAGGAUGGCUCGGCUUUCUGCAGUGAACAAUGCCUCCGCUAUCUGCAGUGAAGGAUGACUCGGCUUUCUACAGUGAACAAUGCCUCAGUUGUCUGCAGUGAAUGAUAUCUUUUCUAUCUGCUGUACACAAUGUGGUACAGACUAUGCCAGGAAGUAGAAGGCCCUAUAGGUGCUUUCAACUCAGUCUCGGUAUACUUAAAUUGACUCUCAAAGAAAGCAGGUGCUGUUGAGUUGAACUGCCUGCUCUAUACAAGGGUCUUGCACGUCCUUUGAUUGACAGGAAUUUUGAGAAAUUUCCUCUUAUGAUUGAUUUGAACUGUUGGAUCUGUAAAAGAGAAUUGUUCAUAGGAAAAUUCAAUUGCAUAGGGAAUAAGCUGGAGUUUAGACACAAUCUUUGGUUAUUGAAGAAUUUUCUAUAAAAUAUCUGUAGGAUCUUGAUUACCUGCUCCAAGGGAGGUAAAUCUGAUUUUUUUAAACAAAAUAUGUCACAAUGCUUUUGAAAGGAGGGAUAUCUGUUAACAUACUGUUUAACUAGAACAAUCAUUUUUAGGAUGUUUGUAUUCAGGAAUUCUGUAACUUGAAAUGAAUAAUAUGUGAUCUACUUAAAAGGUACCAACUGUAGAAUUCUGUGACUGGACACAGUUUUAAUAUAAUUGUCCUUUAAUUGAGUACUCUUUGGAAACUAGAUAUACUAGCUGUAACAAAACAAAAAACCUCAGCUAUUUACUGUUCAUGCAGUGUUCACUUUAAAAAGAAAUGACAUAUAGUAUGAAAUAUGUAAUCCUGCCACAACAUACCAUUAUAGAUAAUUUCAACAGAACUUCCUUUUUUGUUUGGUGUUCCCUGAAUUUGUAGGGAAAUAGGUUUUUAAUAGGGUAAUGAUGCUUUAAGAGUUGUCAGGUAUUUAGGUGUGUUGUCAGGUAUAAUCACUUACCUGUGAAGAUACAUAAAGUGACAGGACCAAAGGAAAAGUUAUUUUGGCAGAUUUUGUUGAUAUCAUUAGGGCACACUUCUUGUGGAUGUAACAGGAUGUGGAUUUUCCAAAACCACAUGGCUGGAUUGAGAAACAGUCCUUGGUACAAAAACAAGUGUCUUGUCUUCUUACGUUUACUUGUUUAAGUACAGAAACAGCUCUUAGAACAGAAAUAAGUUGUUUGCGUACAAAAACAGUUCUGGGUAUGAAAAAAACCUCUUGUUUUAUUGUGUACUUGUUUAGGUACAGAAACAGCUCUUAGGACAGAAAUAAGUCAUUCGCGUUCAGAAAGAGUUCUAGAUACGAAAACAAGCCCCUUGUUUUUUGUGUUUAGUCAUAACUGGCAGCUUGGUUUGAUGAUGCUAGAAAAGAAGACCUAUAAUUUUUUAGUGAAUUAUCUAGUGGCUUGUGAUAGACUUCUCUAUAUAUACUCCUAAACAUAUCAAGUCUGUAAAAAACCCUUCAUAUUUCUAUACACUAGUAUAGCCAGUUUAUUUUGUUAUGGUUGUAGAUUGGGAUGACAAGUCUAUAAGCACCAGAAUGUUGCAUUCAUGAUUCAGAUCAUAGGCUCAGACAACAUGUGAUUGCAGUAUAGAGUUGGCUAGAUUUGAUGGUCAGGCCAAUUUCUUUAUUUUUAUAACUUAUUUAGAUUGAAGCAUGCUACGGUGACAGGAUACUUAAUAAUCCAAAUAGUUUCUUCCAAGAAUUUCAACUUUAAAUGGAAAAGGUAUGAUUUGAAAGAAUUGAUUUAGUAUACAUCCACAAAUAUAAAUAACCUCAUAACAGAAGUUAUAUUUAUAACAAAACAUUGCUUUUGUAUUCUUUAUCAAAACUGAGGACAGAAAUUGAAUAGAUGCUGUUACAUUUAUUUACAAGUAUUUGUGAUAGAAGCCAGUUUCUCUAUGCAUUUGUAAUGAAGUAUACAAACAUAUCAAUAAUAUUAAAUAAACUGAUAUGUUGGAUGGUGAGAUAUUAAAUGUGUCCAGGUUACUACCCAAAGAGACUAGAAAUCUUUACUACGCCUCAUUGGAAUUUACACUUACACUGAAUACUAUGGAGAAACUUGUGAUAUGGUUUUCUUAUAUCUUUAUAAUAUUUGCAAUUGCAAAAUUUACAAAGCUGUCCAAAAUAUAUUGAUGAAUAAAAAGGGUGCGUAAGUACUCUGUGUUUAAGUACACAUGAUAAAUCAAUACAUUUUACCAGGUCAAUUGGUAAAGUGAUGGUUGAAUAAAAAAACUAUAUUGAUUUUGAUAUAUGGCAUUUUCCAUGUCUUGAAAUACACAAUAUCAGAGAUGAUUUGUAUUGUCAUAAAUAUAAAAUCUAUGCAAGAAGUGUUUGAUAAUUUUGAAACUAGGGAAUGUUGAAUAAAUCGGGUAAAAUUGUACUAGUUGAUAGUGGAUAAAAAAUCAGUACAUAAUAUGAAAUCAACAGGCUGAUAAAGAUUAAAUUGUUAGAGAUGUUUAAAUACAGCACCAAGAUGUACUAAACCUCAUAUUCUUUCUUCAUUUUGAAUGUUAUCAAAAGUGAUAUUAUGGAAAUUUCCGACAGUGCAGUGUAUAUCUAGUUGUUGAAAUAUAUAUAUUUCGUUCUCUGCAAAGGCUGUUUUGAAAAUAGAAUUACCAGUAUAUUUUUCUAAUGUUUCAACGAAUCAUCAGAAAAAAUCUCAAUCUUUCAGAUGUUUUCAAGAACCCUUUGACCUGGUAAUGAACAAAUUACUUGAGAAACUAGAAGUCUUUCACUGAACAAUCGAUAUUUUUACUUUUGUCAUUGGUUGUAAUAAAAAUGUGAUCAUCAGUACAUGUCUAUGUAUUCAUGAAAUUUCUAUGGUUUAUGAUUAAGAGCCAGUAUUUGCUAACCUUUUUUUAAGUUAAAUUUCUAGAGUGUGUUUCAUCCAACUGAUGAUCUAAAUACAUCACCGAUGGUUUCUUUUUUAUUGUGUAACCUUUAUUUAGUGGCGGUUGUGAUGAUGUGUAUUGGAAUGAGAUUCCAAUCUAAAUUAGUUUAUAAAUUGAUGUUGGACACAAAUGACCAUUUUACAUACAGAUUGUCAUAACACUUGUGGAUGAAAGAUUGAUUUUAAAAUGAACGAUGAUAACUUGUGGAUGAAAUACAUUGUAGGAUUUUUGAGUUUGUAGAAUCUGUAUUUAUACAUAGUCAGUAUACAUUUAAUAACUGUGAUCUUAACAAUAUUUUGAAAUUCUAGUUACACUGUAUUAUGAAUCACUCAUCUUAUUUUUGUCAGGUUUUGGUAGUUUUGGUAGUUAGUUGUGAAUUUCUUAAUGAGUGAAUUAGAGCACCUUUAGUACAUGUGCUCUCAGUUAUUUUAUACAAUGUCUGGCCGAUUGUGAUGACAGUGAUAUUACGCUAUCACUGGAUUUGUGAUAAAAUCAUAUUCUUGCCAUGGUCCACCAUAGCAGUAGUGUUAGUGAUGUGGUAUGAGGUGUACAUACCUACUGUACAGACUUUAGAACACUGAUAGGAUAGAUACCAUAGUGUAGAAGGCUAUCCAUAGCCACAAGGACCAAACCAAAACCAUUUGUAAUUUAUCUUCAUCGCUGGGGUGUACAUUUUCUCUAGCUUUACUCCUAUGCUGGUGGAUUUUAUGCCUGUGCUAAAAAAAUAGGUAGUGGCAUUUUUCAAAAUCUUAAGAAUGAUUUAAGCAAAUAUUUUUAAAAAUACUCAUUGCUAACACUGUCCAAUUUCACAUUGAAAUUAUUUGAUUUCCAUAACACAUAUUGGUAAUGAUUUCACCUCAAGCAACAUUAGCUUGUAAAGGUGACUUAAUAACAUAGAGUAGAGAGCAACUUUUUUGGUUGCAAUUCUUCUGAUAUUUGCAUGUUACAUAGACCAUAUCUGGAAUGAGAGUAUGAAGACAGUACUGGUGUUGGUCUGUUGUAACUACAUAGACCAUAUCUGGAAUGAGAGUAUGAAGACAGUACUGGUGUUGGUCUGUUGUAACUACAUAGACCAUAUCUGGAAUGAGAGUAUGAAGACAUUACUGGUGUUGGUCUGUUGUAACUACAUAGACCAUAUCUGGAAUGAGAGU